AUGCGUCUUUGUUCUAUUAGCUCUAAAUGUAAAGGACGUGGUACAUCUAACGAAUUACCUGACGCUGGAGUAGACACCGAACUGAAGAAAACCCUGAUAAAGGGCAACUUGGGGAUAUUGACAUGUCGUUUCUCUGGAUCUCCUUAUGCGGUCUUCUGGAAGAAAGGAUAUGACAUCUGGACCUCACCGACCCUUAUACAAUGGACACCUGAAGACAAAACGACUGGUCCUAGGUAUGACGACGGAAGCUGUGACAUGGACGAAAACUACUCUCUGAUCAUCAAAUAUGUAAAUCAAACAGAUAGAGGGCGCUUCAUUUGUUUGGUUUCUAACGAGGAUGGGAUUCUUGUUGACAACUACACAGAUGUCACAGUUUCAGAUGUUGCCUUGGAGAUGGAAUCUUCCGUCAAGCUUGAAGUGGGCCAAUCCGGGAGAGUUCCAUGUCGAGUGAAAAUCAGACCAAAGAAGGUUUCCUGGGUCACAAGCAGUGGUGAGGCCCUCGUCUUCAUCGAUUUGUCUAACAGUGUCAUUACCAGAGGUGGAUCUGGUUAUGAACAAAACAUGUUCAACAUCAGCAGGGAGUAUUCAUUGGUAAUUUACAAUGUAACGAUACAAAACGAAGGUCUCUAUCUCUGUGUGGUUGCUGAUCGUGACACAGGAACUUCAUACGAUGAUUCUACAGCACUUGAUGUUUUCACAAUAAUACUAUUACUUGCAGUCACAAGUGUUUUCAUCACAGUAUAUGUGGUAAAGAGACGGAAUAAACGAAAAUACGACAAGGUUCCAACCAUGGUUAUGGUCUAUAAUCCCCAAAGACAUGAUCUUAUUUCAUACAUUGAGCUGUGGAAAUUGGUGGAGUUUGGUACCAAAGAAGGCAUCAAAGAUGCCAAAUUUGAAGAGGCUCUUCAAAGUCUGAUGCAAGAAAUUUCACUGUCGACCAGUGGAAGCAGAACCUGUUCAAAGACACCAACAGGCACUAAUGGAAAUUAUUAUGACAGGUUUUGUGACUGGAAAGCAAAUUACGUUGGGAACUCCCAGAAAGAAGCCUGUCUAGAGGCAUGUAGCAAAGCUGGCUGGAAUUCAGUAGUUGACAAAUUAAGAGACUACUCUGAAUCUACACGAGCUAUAACAUUAGAGGACCUAGAACACACACUGUGGCACAGUACUGCCAACACUGAGAAUAUCAUCGCACUUCUCCAGGAACUUGGAGUGGUGCAUAAACCCCUUGAAGAAUGGAAGGACAGAGAGAAACGUGUCAUCAAAACCGUGAUGACUUUAUUGAUGCAAUGGAGGAAUACCAACAAGCAUGGAAAUCAAGAAGUGAUGUUAAGCCUGGCACUUGAGGCAAUCAACUACACACCAAGCAAUUUGGAUUUUUUCCGAAUACCUGAUAGCCAGAAAUCUGAACCGGAUGAGAAUGAAAUAAAGGAGCUGCUAUUACCAGACUUGACAUCACGACAUUGCUCAAUUCUGAUCGACGCCAUGGAGAACUACGAUAAGGCCAGUUGGUAUCGUCUGGCAGUCAAACAUGUCGGUUCGUCUAGGGAAGAAUUUUGGAUAGAAAACGUCAUCGAGCAAAAUAGGACAUCCUUGUUCGAUAGCCAUCAAAUGGUAAAAGAUUGGUGGGCUGAGCAGAAGUGCAGCAAUUACGAAAAGAGAUUAAAGCUUCAACGUGCUGCUAAGAACAUGGAAGAAGCUGAGACUGAUAGAAUUGACGCUUUUGAUGACAAGUGGCUAAAUACAAAGAGGAUCGAGCAGAUUAUCAACCUUGUCCCAGAGGAGUCUAUGAGGAGACUUUGUGAGUCUCUAAACAUAUCCUACAGAGAAGAGGAUUUCACCGAAAAGAGAAAGUUGUUAAAAACAGUGUCCAAAUGGAGAAAUAACAUACCAAAACAAGAACAUCCUAAGAUGAUUAGAAAGCUAUCAGCAGGACUGCAAGACAUAAAUUUUGGUGGUUUGAUGUCUGGUAAAAAGGGAACAUCAAUCUAUAAAGCAGAACUGGUCGAUCUUGCUCUCGAUCUGAUAAUGGAUGAUCUCCGUCCGUUUGCAAAGGCCUUGGGGAUCAGUGUGCGGAACUUCGUAUCUUACAGAAAAGUAUUCAAGCCCUCUCAUCUGGAGCUUGGAACUAUAAGACUUGUAUUGAUGCUGGUCGAUAUGUAUCCAAAGGUUGUUUUCGAAAACAAAGAUGUGAGAGUUUUUGUUUGCAGUAUCCUUGACCAGGCUGGAUAUGUGAACGCCAUGAAACGGUUCGACUUUGCCUUUGAACCCAGCUAUGGAGAACUCCAUUCUUUAACAACGGAAUGUAAGUUUGGGUACACUGCAAACGCGAAAGAAGAGAAUGAUGCCGGAAAUGAACGAGUGCCAACCCCUCCUCCGGGCAACGAAGUUAAUGAUGGCAAAGCUGUGGAGUGUGAUUCACAGAAACCAGACGCCAUCAUUCCUUCACAAGAAGAAAUUGGAGUUGACCGUAAAGAUAACGAACCUCCAUACUUGCAAGAACCAGAAGUCGUAAUGAAGAAGAAAAUGGGCGAAGGACAAUCAAAGAAAGCAACAUGUUCUCUCCAAAAACUGUUUGGAUUGACCGAGGAAGACAUGCAAGGCAUUCCAGACGCAAACGAAGCAUCCAGAUUUAAAGUAUUUCAGAUUUGGAAAGAGAAGGUGUGUCCAGUACUAAUUGAUCAUCGCGUGGUCUUAGCAGAGGGCUUGAAGGAAAUAGAUACAAGAAAUAUGAUUAUAGCUCCUCUGAUAAAUGGCGAAUUCAAUGGCAGAGAAACAUGCAUGGGUUUCAUCGACGAUAUGCUGAGCAGGAUGGGGGAAAAACGGCGAGAAUCUCUUCUACGUCUGCUGAAAAACAAACGUGAUAAAGAAGAUUGGGGAGGAUCUGAAACGUCACAAUGGAUCUACGAUUGGGUGGCAGAUUGGACUAAAGAGAUGGAAAGCUGGACCAAAGGAUACGUAGAAGGGGCAGUGAAAAUAAAACAAGUGAAUGAGAAACACCGUAAUUUCAAUGACAAACUGGUAGAAAAUGGCUUUUUUGACUUGGCAAGAGAAAUUAUGAUCAUCGAACAAGGGUUGGAAGUAGAUCCUGUAAUGGAGAGAGUCCCCGUGGCGGGAAAACUUCUAACGUACAUGAAAACUUUCAAAGAAAAUAUCGUUCCAAAGAAAAAUUGAAACUAGCUGAAAAAUUAAUAUGCACCUGGAAAUGUUUAAAAACAACAAAAACGAAAAUAAGUCAAUUUCCAUCAUUUCCAGGUCGCAUUAAAGUAAUGAUUCGUAUUUUUGUAAUAACGUAAAUGAAUGUACAUACAUAUAAAUAGGACUUCAUCUUUCCCCCGGAUCUUUCUUUCUACAAUCAUAUGCAAUGAACGGCGUAUGACACAGGGUUUUCCUUUCCCAAUACUUUAGUACCUUUAUGAAUCGCAGAGUACAUUUAUGUAUGUUCGCGUGAAUCAGAGGCGUCGAUCCUGGAGGGGCAGGGGGGCGAUCGCCCCACCAAUGAAAAUAUUGGGGGGGGGGGGGGCAAACAUAUCAUUUUGCCCCCCAAUAAUUCCGGAUAUACCACCAAAAAAAACAAGAUUGUAAUGUUUAGCAAGCGAGAUUGAGAUUCACAACUCGUUCUUUAUUUAAAAUCGUGCUCAAAAUGUCCGCUUUUCAGAUUGGAAUAUAAAUUUUGUUAGCUCGCGCUUCGCGCUCGCAUCAUUUCUGUAGCAAAAACCCAUACUUUUCAUGAUUGAAUAGGUGAAUGUAAAUGUCCCAUUUUCAGUUUUAAGCUUCAAAAGAACUCCUGCUUCGAUUUGCAAUAAUCUUUUCUUGGAUAUAUAUCUUGUUCUUUAUCAAAAAGUUCCAUUAAACUGUCAUUUUUUUCAGAUCGAAAUAUCAAAAUUUUCAGCUCGCGCUUCGCGCUCGCAUCUAUUCUUCUCUUAGAUACCAAUCUUAAUCAUUACUACCAAAAAUGCUUAGAAUAUCAAGCUUUCAGGUCAGAAUAUAAAGAACUUUCAGCUCACUCUCGGCACUCGUACUAUCUGUGUAGUGAGAUAUGUAUCCUCCUCAUGAGUGACAAACAGCCCUAAACAGGCACGCUUUUCCUGUCAGUAUGCUAAAAAAAAAUCAGCUCGCGCUUCGCGCUCGCAUUGUUGGUGAGAUACGUGUCUGGAACGUUAAUGAUUUUGCCCCCCCAAUCUGAAAAAUGGAUCGACGCCCCUGGCGUGAAUACUUCACUGCAAAAUUAUGUACAUGAGAUUUGUAAAGUUUUGGUUUCUUUUAUUUCUUUGCUAUUUCAGUUUUGUAAGAUUCAUUCUUGUUUGUCGUGUCUAAACAAUCUUGCUUUUGGAUUGUCGCUCAUACUUCCUUUAUGAUUCAAUCCAAUCUAAUAAACAUUUGAUAUAGCGCAUUUUGCUUUCGGUCACAAAGCGUUGAUCACACACUUUAUCAUGUAGUGUAUAAAUCACACAGCACCAUAAUAGUUAUCAUGAUAUAUUUGGUGUGAAUGACAUUGAUAGUAUGGAAAGUAAAAUAGCCCACAGAGAUGGUAAGCAGUUCAUCUCGAAACAGACACUGCAAGUUAUUAUUUUUGUAUAGUUUACCUCAUUAGAGUUUAUAUACUCACAUUAAGGUACUUGUAUUGUAGUGACAAAAUAUUGAAAUUGAUUAUUUCAAUAUCUUGCCACUGUGAGCUUUAUAUCUUUGACGAAGACGAGAGGUUUGCGUCGGAAAUUUGGAGAAUACUUGGAAAUAAACUUUGUUGGAAAUGCAAUGCAUUACCUCAUAUAUAUAUAUACAUUUAACGUAACUAGAUAAAUGUCAACUUAUUGUGGGAAUUAUCUUGACGUCGCACAGUGGGCCAAAAUGAACCCAAAGUGCGCCAAAACCCAUUAUUCACACAUUUGUAUGAUUAAAUUUGGUAGAUAGGAGUAAUUUUACCCGUAGAAUUCAAUAAAAGUAUUUUCAAAUAUUGAUGACGUCGUUAAAAUACUGUUUUCUGAUUGGCUGUUAACAUUUGAGCAGAAAUUACAUGUUUCUAAUUCUACAAUAAGUUUCAAAUUUUCAGAAACUAGUUUUAGAUAAAUUUCAGCAAUAAUUAAGCAUAUCAGCAAACAGCAAACACACAAACAGGCAACCAAACCAGAAAAGUCUGUGCUCGGGGUACAAAUAAUUCAAUUGGUGACCUGAGUAUCGCUUAAAGAGGGCGUCCUACCAUGAAUCCGGAAUUGUAAAAUUCAAAGUGAAAUUGU